UUCCUAAGACCAGCGCUGGCAGAGCUCCUCGGAGCAGGGCCCGCCUCUUCCGGCUUCCCCGGCCGGUCGAUCGGCCGGGCAGGUGAGGCAAGGCCGGGAAAGAUGGGGCUGAAGCGGAAGAAGCCCGGCGGAGCGGCCGCGCUACCUCUGCUCCUCUUGGCGGUUGCCAGAGUCCACCUGCUGGAGAUCCAGGCCGCUGCCCAAGUUCGUGCGUUCGUGGGCGAGCCGGCGACCCUCAAGUGCUGGUUCAAAUCCUCCGCUCCAGUCACUGAGAAGCUCACCAUCGACUGGACGUAUCGGCCUCUUGCAGGCGGCAACUUGGAACCGGUCUUUCACUACCAGUCCAAUGCCUACCCAGCCAAGAGAGGGAGCUUCCGGGAUAGAGUUUCUUGGGCUGGCGAUGUGGCCAAGCAGGAUGCUUCAAUUAUGAUCUGGAACCCAACCCUGGAGGAUAAUGGGACAUUCGCCUGUUCUGUGAAGAACCCCCCUGAUGUGCAGCACAACAUUCCCCAAACCCUGCUGACAGUCAGUCAGAGAGGUGCCUCCUUCCAGUUGACUUCAUCUGGACUGCUUUCCAUCCUGGUCUUUCUUCCCUCUGGCAUCGUGGUGGUUCUGCUGCUGGUUCGGAUGAAUCAGAAAUCUGGGCUGAUGAAAGCAAGGAGGCAGCUUGGUUACAAGAAAUCCUCCAUUGAAGUCUCUGAAGAACCUGAGCAAAGUGGCUGCAGGGAGCGGCUGGUUAGCUGUUGUAUGCAGUACCUGGACACUGAUGAGGAGGAACCAUACUGACACUGACAUCAGGGAGAAAGAGUGUCUUUGGCAGCACCGCCAAGAUCCAGCUCAGAAAGUCUCCAAUGAAUGGAACUUUACUUAGAGUAAAAUGACCCGAUUUCAUUCCAUUCUAGGAAUUAUCCUGAUUUGAUAUUUUCUCUUUUCUUGCCCUAUGAAAAAGGGGGAAGUGGAGAGUCUAUCUGGCAGCCAGGCUCUUGGGUGUCUUCUUCUUCUUCCUCCUCCUCCUCCUCCUCCUCCUC